AUGGGAACAAUAAAAGUUAGUAUAGUUUAUUUUUUUCUUAUAUAUGUCUUUUUUGACGUGAGUUAUGAGGAGAAUUUUCAUGAAGAAUCAACUAAGUUUAAAUCGGGAAUAUCAAAUAUAUCAUUUAAUUCUAAUUUAGUAGAAAAAUUAGAAAAAAAUUCUACUGCUAAAUAUAAUACCAAGAAAAAGAAAAAUUUUAAAAUGUCUAUUUCUUCAAACCCGAAUAAAUAUAAUAAAAAGAUAGUUAAAUUAAAAACUAAAGAUAAAAAAUUACCUUAUUUAUAUAAAUCAUAUGUGAUCCAAAAAAAUUAUAUUAGAACAGAACCAUCGCAUAUUAUGUAUAUGGGAAAAAAUUAUUCAUAUUUAACUAGCAAAUGCAUUUCAAAUAAAGUAAAACAAAACAAAUUAGGUAAUUCUGCAUAUUCUUUCAUUGUAAAAAGUACUACAAAUUCAAUUGAUGCCCAAAUAUUAAGUGAUUACAAUACUUUAAUUAAAAAAAUUGAUGAGAAUUAUGGAAAUGUAAAAGAAAUAUAUGCUUCCGCACACGCAUACAAAGAAAUGGAACGUUAUUUCAAGGAAAAUUCUCGAUCAAAUUCUCUAUCAAAUUAUGAUAAUUUUAAAAUUGAGAUCCCGUUAAUUAAAGAAAUAGAAGAAAAUGCGCAAGAAUGUAUAAGCUACUGUGAAAAAUCUAAAGAUGUUAUUAUAAAAAAAAAGAAUGAAUUAGAACUUGCAAAAGAUGAGGAAGAAUCUCAAUUUACACAAAAAUUUAAUGAAUUUACAUCAAAGAUAGAAGAAAUAACAAAAAAAUUAGAUGAAGACAUCACUAAUAUUAAAAAAAAAAAUUCGCAAGUUUAUGAUAAAUUAAAAAAUUUGUUAGAAAAUGAGUAUUGUAAUUAUGAAGAUUGUGGUGAGGCGUCUUCUCAUUAUGAAUCGGCUAUCAUGGAAUAUUCUAGUAAAGUAGAAGGUAUUAUUAUGGGUUAUAAUUACAUUUUUGAUGAAAUGUAUAAGUUUAUCCAUCAUAAUAGUUAUUUAUUAGCAAUUAAAAAUAAAGAUUUUUAUAAAAAGGAGUAUAAAAUAUCUUUAAAUAUAUUAAUUGAAGAGAUGAAUGAUAUUUUGAAAAUUUAUGAAGGAAACAAUAUUCUCUUGAAUAGCAGUGUAGAAUCUAUUAGAAAUAUGGAGUGCAUUAUAUCUUUUUAUAGUCUAAUAAAGUCAUAUUUUGUGGAAACAAUUACAAAAUCUUCUAUUGAUUAUUGUAAAAUUACUAUUAUAGAAAAAUGGAAUGAGACAUUAAAAUCAAAUUUUGAGAAAAAAAAAGAAGAAUUUUUUGUUUUAUAUAAUAAGAUAAAAGGUGAAUUGGAACAAAAAAUCGAUUCUCUGGUUUACCCACAGGAAGUAGAAACAAAAAGUGAAAAUAUUAUUUCAGACUCAAGAAUAAUAUUAGAUAAUUCAAAUAGGUCAAUUUUUGAAACUUGUGAAUUAUUAGAAGACUUAUCAUAUAGUUAUAGUAAUCCAGAAAUUUUUGCUAUUCAAAAUGAACUUAUUAAUUUAUGUUCCAAAGCAGUUACAAAAAACAUCAGUUUGAACAGCAUAUUUCGUUUAGUUGAUGAAAAAUAUAAUUCAAUGAAAUAUGAUAAAUCUCAGAUAGAUAAAUUAAAAGCAAAUUUACCAAUAAAUUCAAAUAAAAAAUUAACAAUGAUUACAUGUGAGGCUGUUACUGAAACGGAAAAUAUUGAACGCAUUGUAACUUCAGCGAACAGAGAACUUCAAGUCUUACAAAAGAAAUAUGAAGAUAUAACUAGUUCAUAUAGGGAAAUUGAAAAAUUAAUUAUAGAAAUUCAAGAAAAAAAAAAGAGGCAAAGUGAAUUGGAAAAGGAAGAAAAUGAACAGAUAAAACAAGUUUCACUAAAUAUUAAGGGUCAAUUAGAACAGAUUGAAGAAAUAAUAAUUAAAUUAAAACAAUUUAUGGAUUUAAAGGAUAAUGAAAAUAAAGACAUAAGUAUUACUGAAAGAAUAAUUGAUGUAUCGUCAUUUAAAAAUAAAGACGAAUAUAUAGUAGAAAAAGAAAAGGUAAAGGAACAAAUGAGAUUAGCUUUAAGCUCUUUAUUUGAUGAUAAAAAAAUAGAAAAUGCGUGUACAGAAACUCCACGUUAUGUAUCUGCAAAAAAAAAAAUAAAUUAUGAGAUAUAUGAUUUGAAGACAGUUCAAAUUGUAUUAGAGGAGUUAAAAAAUAAAUAUUCUGAAGUAGAAAAAAUUUUAAAUGAUAGUACAACUAUUAUGAAUGAUGCUGUAACACCUGCAAUUAACAGUAUUACAGAACUUAGAAAUAGAAUUGUUAAGGAUUCAUUUAGAGAUUUACACAAAAAUAUGAAUACGUCAUAUGAAAAUUUUAACAAUACAAUGAGGUGCAUAAAUGAUAGUAUGGAUGAUUACAAAAAGAUAAAGGAAAAGUUUAAAACAUAUGAAGGUGAUAUAGAAAAAAGAAAAUGUGAAUUUUUGGAUAGUUUUAUUGAGGAAGACAACGAAUCACUAAAAGGAAAGGAUACAUAUAACGAUGUAUUAAAUCUUAAAGAAAAUAUUAAUGAAAAUAGAAGGGUAAUAUCAGAAAAAAUAAGUGAGGGAAGAGCUAUGAUAUGUACUUUUCAAAAACAAUUUGAACUAUACAACGGAGUAGAACAGUAUAAAAUUUUUCUUCAAGAUAAUGAAAUUUUUACAGAGCUUAAUUCUUUAAAAACAUCUAUUCAUAAUUUAAAUGCAGAUGAAAAAAUAAAUACUUUUCAGGAUACAUAUGAUAGUUUAACACGUUCAAUAGAUGACAGUGUAGAAAGGGUUGAGCAAUCAAAAAAAAUUAUAGAAGAUGCUAAAAUUUUAAAUAAGGUUAUAAAUGGAUGUAAUAAAAGUGACCAAUCAAUUGAGGAUUUAAAAGGAAAUUUAAAGGAAUUAGAAAAAAAAAUAAGUAAACAUAUGGAUUCUAUUAACAAAAAGGAUCUGCUAAAAGACUAUGCAAAAGAAAAAGGAUUUUUAAGUUUGCCAAAGAAACAACAAAAAAGAGAUAAUGUAAUAGAGAGUCUCUUAAGUGAUUUAAACAAAGAAAAAGAUAAAAUAAAUAAUCAAAUAGAAAAAUUUGAUAAAUUAAAGGAAAAUUCAAAUAAUUUACAAAAAUCUUCUAAAGAUGUUAAAGAAACAAUUGGAACCUCUAAACAGAUAGUAAAAAGCCCUUCAGAAGAGGUAUCAAGUAAAAGCAAAAAUUUAGAAUAUAUUACAAGUUCAUUGAGAAAUUUAAUAAUAGAAAAUGAUACAUUACAUUCAGAAGUUGAUAAUUUAAUUGAUUCUCAGAAUAAUGAAAUUGCAGAUUUAAUUUAUAAUUUAAUAAUACAAUUAAACAGGAAAAUGAAUGAGAAAGCACAACAAAGCUUAGAUAUUAUAGAAUUCACCAAAAAAAAAUUAGAAAACAUGAAUUGUGAAAAAGAUAUUAUGAGUAUUUUUAAUGAGAUUAAUAAGAAAGUACUAGAAGCAUUAUCAAAGACCUUUGAUACUUUCAAGAAUUAUAUUGGUGCAAAUGAACAAAAAUGUAAUGAAAUUAAAAAUGAAUUUAAAACUAUAGUUGAUGAAUCUGAAACAUUAAAUAAAAUUACUGAAAAUCCCUUUGAUAAAAGAAAAAAAAUGAAAAAUAAUUAUGAAAGUAUGAAAAAAAAAUAUAAAGAUUUUUGUAAAAUGGAAAUGAAUAUAAAAAUUUCAGUAGUACUUGCAAAUAAAAAAAGAUUAGAAUAUAGAAAAACUCUAGUACGAGAUGCUAUUGAUAAAAUUAACCAUGAAAAAACAAGAGGUGAAGAAGAAAUAAUAACUAUUGAUCAGUACAAAAAUAGAAUUGAUCAGUUAAAGAGUAACAUACCAUAUACCCCAGAAUGUGUAUUACAUAAUUUUAAUUAUGAAGAUUAUGUUAUUAAUUCUAAAGAAAGUCAGAAGAAAAUAAACGAAUUACAGCGUGAUGCAGUUAAAUUGGAAGAAACAGAUAAUGAAAUAAAAGGUGAAGUUCAUCUCAUUCGUAGUAAAAUAAGAGAAAUAUUGAAUGAAGUUAAAAAGGAAAAGAGUAACAUAGAUAGUGCAUCAAAAGCAAUUAAGAAUAUGGAAGAGUUGUUAAUGGUGACAAAAUUACGUAUAGUAAAGGAAUACAUAAAAGUCAAUUUGCAAAAUGCUAGGGAAGAGGAAAAAUAUACUGAGUUAAAAUUUACAGAAUCAGAAAAAAUCAAAGAAAAAGUAUUGGAAAAUUUCAAAAAUGCAGAAAAAUUAUUUGAUUCGCUUAUUCAUAACUCAGAUGAAAAAUCAAUUGAUGGAAACAUAAAAAAUAUUAAAUCAUUAAAAAGUGAAAUUAAAUCAAAUAUAGAAAAUGUAAAUGAAUUUUUAAAAGAAGUUGAAAAUCAUCAAAAAGAAUGUUCAUUAUAUUUUAAGAAUACCGAAAGAGGAAAGGAAAAAAUAGAAUAUUUAAAAAAGAAUGAUGAGGAUGAAAAAAAGGAAGUUAGUGAAAGUGUAAUAGAUGAAAUAAAUAAAUAUGUUCUUGAAUCUAAAAAUUGUUCAGAUAAGGCCGUUAGAAAUGCCCAGAAAACUAGGGAAAAUUAUGAAUUAUCUGUAGAAUAUGAAAAAAGGAUGGAUGAGCUUUCAAAAGAUUCCUUAAUUUUAGCAGAAAAAAUAAAGGUUGAAAUGAAAAAAAGUGAGGCCGCAGAUGUACUGAUAGAAAUUCAAGAUAAAUCCGAUAACAAUAUAUAUUUAAUAGAAAGAAUAAAAGAAAAAUUAACUAUAUUACAGAAAGAAGAUUCACAUACAGAAUAUGAAGAUGAAGCAAAUAAUGAAAAAUCUAUGAUUGCAUUUACUAAAAUAGAAAUUAUAAGAUCAAAUGCAAGUAUCGAUAUACUGAAUGUAGAGAAAAUAAAAAAUAGAACACGAGAUAUCAUACAUUCUGCUAAUCUUAAAAUGGAAUCAUUUUAUAGUAUACCUGAAAUACAUAGUAAGGAUAAAGAAAAUGAAUUAAAAAUAGAGAAAGUUAAAUUACAAACAAUUACAAAAAUUUUAAGAAAACUUGAAAAUGAAAAGGAUAAUUUGAAAUUUGAAUUAAAUAAAAUCAAAGGAAUAGAAACUAAAGUUAAUGAUAUGAGAAAUGAAAUGAAUAAAUAUAAGAAACAAUAUGAAGUAGGAAUAAUGGAAGAAAUAAAAAAAAUAACUGAUGAAGAGAAAAAAAAUAUAGAAUUAUUAAAAGAGUCAAUAAAAUUAACUAUUGACACUACGGUUACAUUUUUAGAAAAUUCUAUGUUAGGAAAGGAUUACAUUAUAAAAAAAUAUGAGGAUCCUGAAAGAAAAAUGAAUAACAUAUAUGAUUCAUUUAAUAUAUUAUACAAAAAAAUAGAAGGUGUUUUAACAAUUUCAGAAUGCUCUAACACAUAUAAUGAUUUGAAAAAUAAAAGAGAAAAAGCUAAAAUAGAAAAAGAAAAUAUCAAAGAAAGAAACAAGGAAAUGAAAAAUUUGUUGAAUAAUAUUAAAGUUAUUAAAAUAAAUGAGGUAUUAAGAUUAAUUUUAUUUUUGAAAAGUCAGUUGGAUAAUGUUAAUGAAAAUGCUGAUGAUGAGUAUUUAGAAUUGAUGACACGAGCACAAUUUAUUGAAAAUAAUGUUCAAAAUAUUAUAUAUUCAAAAUGCAUGAAUACUGCAUUAAAUGAAUUAGAUAAUGCAAAAAUUGAAAGUAGUGAAUUUAAUAAAAAGAAAAUAGCAUAUUCUUCUUAUAAACGCACAGCAUAUUCAAUUUAUGAAGAAAUACUUAAAGCAUUAAAAUUUAUAGAUAUGGAUAUAGAAAAGAUAUCAAGUUUGCAAGGUUAUGAAGAUAUACAAGAUGCAGAAGGUAUUUGUUUAGCUAUGGAAGAAAAGUCAUUUGAUAUUGAUAAUAGAGAAAAAGAAAACAAACAAAAUAUUAUCCAUAUGGAAGAUGUUUAUGAACAAAUAAAGAUAAGAGAUAAAAAAAAAAAAAAGAUUAAGGAUUUAAGAGAUGAAGUUGAUAAGCUUUUAUAUAGCGUUCAAGAUUUGCUUGAAAAAUAUAAAGAAAUAAAAGAAAUAAAAUUUUAUAAUCAGGAAUACGAAGAAAUUUUAAAAUAUUCUAAGGAGUGUGGGAAAUUUAAGGAACUGAUUAAUUCUUAUGAAGAACAAUAUAAUAAAAUAGAGAUAGAAUUAAAAACAAAUUUAAUAACAACAGAACUUAAUAUGUAUAAUAACUCCUUUAACGAUUUAGAUGCAAUUAUUGAAACUCCAAAUAUAGAAGAAUUUACCACGAAAAUGUUAGGCAAAGUAAAAAAUGAUAUUAACACUAUUGAGAUUAAAGUAGUUGAUAUAAAUAAUAGAAUAUUAGGACUUAAUGCUUCUUAUUAUGAGUUAUUAGAAUUAAGAAGAAAAUGUAAGUUAUAUUUACUCUCUUUGAUUAUUACAACUAUUAAUACUAUAAUAUCAAAAGAUGUAAUGAUAAUUAAAGAAAAGAGGAGAUAUAUGCUUGAAUGUGUGCAAUAUGUCACAAACAGUUAUAACAGCAUAAAUAGUGAUAUUUAUACAACAAAUAAGUGUUUUUCUGAGAAUUUUAAAAUCAUGUAUUAUUUAAAUAAUACUGGAAAUUCAAAGAGAGUUAUAGGAGAAUUUAAAGUAGAAGAAGAAAAUGUAUUGAAAAAAAUAGAUGAUUUAAAAAAUGCAUUUUUAGGAGUAGAUGAAAUGAAGAAUUCAAUUUAUAUAGAUGAAAGUUUACAGGAGAUAAAAUAUCUCUUCGAAGUAUUUAAAGUAAAGAAAAAACAAUUAAAAGAUAUAAUAAAAAAAAUGAACAAAAUAGAGUUAAAAGAAAUGGAGAAUAGUGCAAAAAAAUUUUUAGAUAUAGCAGAAUCAUAUGAGAAUGUUAUAGAAAACGAAAAAGAGGAAAUAUUAUAUAUCAAAAAUAAGUUAAAAGAAAUUGAAUUUUUCAUAAUAAAAAUGAAGCAAGAAUUAUAUUAUAUUCAGCAUAUGUAUUCAAAAGAAAAAAUGAUUAAAAUUAAAGAAGUUUAUGAAGAUAUUAUGAAUAAAUUAAAAAAAGUGCAUGAAUUAGAAAAAGACAAUAAUAAUGAGAGUAAUCAAUUGGCGAAUCACACUUCACAAAUUUCACAUUUAAUAGAAAGAGCAAAACAUUUACUAAAAGAUACAGAAAUGCACGAAAAUGGGAGAGAAUAUGAUCUAUCAGAGGAGAGAAAUAUGGAAAUAGUAAAUGAAGUAAAUGUGUAUAUGAAAAAUGCUAAGAGUUGGUUGAAGGAAUCAUUGAGAAUUCUUGAGACUAUACGAAUUAAUAUAGAUCCAAAUAAAGAUUAUAUACAAGAGAAUGAUAAUACUAUUAUUUCAAUUUAUAAUAUUAUAAAAAAUAUAGAAGAAGUUUUUAAAAAAGAAAUAUUUGAAAUAGGAGAGACUAAUCAAAUAAAGAGUCAGAUAAAUAAAGUUAAUGAAAUAAAUGAUAAAAUUACAUUUGUGGAUGAUAAUAAUGAUAAUAAUUAUCAAUUUUUUCAUAUUAUGAAACAAAAUGAACAAAGUAAUGAUGUUGGAGAAUAUAAAAUUUCCAACUUAUCGAUUAAAUUAAUAUCAGGAAUAUUAUUUAUAUUUUUAAUAUUCUUAAUCAUAAUUAUUUCAAUUUUAUUUAAAAACAAAGAUACAUAUACUGAUAACAAAAGUAAUAGAAAUAAAGUUUAUCAAAUGGAUACAGGUUCUGAUAAUUCGUGCAACUUUAAUAAUAAAGAAGUUAUUUAA